AUGGCUGCCCUCAGACCCCUGAUAAAGUCCAGGAUCAUCAAAAAGAGGACCAAGACGUUCAUCCAGCACUGGCAAGACAGAUAUGUCAAGAUUAAGCGUAACUGGCGGAAACCCAGAGGUACUGACUAUAGGACAUGGAGAAGAUUCAAGGGCCAGGUCCAGAUGCCCAAUAUUGGCUACAGGAGAAACAAGGAAACAAAGCACGUGCUGCCCAGUGGCUUCUGGGAGUUCCUGGUCCACCAUGUCAAGGGGCUGCUGACGUGCAACAAAUCUUACUGUGCUGAGAUUGCUCACAAUAUUUCCUCCAAGAAAAGAGGUGAAAUAUUCCAGAAAUAA